AAGAUGGCUUCGGUCAUGUCGGUCUUCUAAUUUAUACCAGAAAAAGAAGCCUUUUAUGGCCUUCAAAGUCAAUUUGUUAUCAUAAAGUUCUGUUCAUUAUAUAGAAGUGCAUCAUGUCACAGAGUACAGAGGGGAGUUCCCAGAUGAGUUUGGAUGGCAGCAUAAACACUAGUGGUGACACAGUUAUCCUCAACUCAUCGCUUAAUUCAAGUAGUGCGAGCCUUUCCAUGUUCCUUGAGAAUUCACAUGGACAUGGGUCAAUGGGUACCUCCACCCCUCACAUGCUGCAGCCCCCAAAGACUGCACUAAGGCGGCCUCACCCAACACCACUCUUGGCACCAAUAGAGAAAAGACGAAGUUCGUCGCGUUCGAUCAAAAGGAAGAAAUUUGAUGAUGAACUAGUGGAGAGUAGCCUCGUUAAAUCUGAUCGCACAAAGUUCAAAAUGGAUUUCAAGCCAGAUGGGGUUGUGCCUGUCGAAGCGGCAGUAGUACCACCUCCAGCUCCAGAAAAGAAAAAGACGUCAUCUAAGUCAAAGAAAUCCAGAAGACACAAGACUCAACAAACAACAAAUGCAACUCGUGAUCUUGGACGUUGGAAGCCGCAAGAUGACCUUGCGCUGAUUACAGCUGUUCAACAGACAUGUGACCUGACGGCAGUCCACAGAGGGGUGAAGUUCUCGUGUAAAUUUACUUUAAAGGAAGUGCAGGAGCGGUGGUAUGCAUUGCUUUAUGAUCCUGUCAUUUCAAAAUUAGCAUUGAGUGCCAUGUAUCAGCUUCACCCAGAUGUUGUUGCCUCCGUCCAGUCAAAGGCCCUAUUCAGUAAAGCAGAGGAGAAAGCUAUUGGGACCAUUCCAUCGACAAGCCAGCCAUCGACAGACACAUUUCAAGAAUUAAUGAACAAAUUCCCAGCUGCAUUUCAUCCGUAUCGGAUGCCUAAAUCUUUAUACAAUCAUUGGCUGCUGAUGAAGCAGUAUCAUUUACUGCCGGACCAAACAGUGCAACCAAUGCCACGGGGAGAUCAUGUUUUGAAUUUCUCAGAUGCUGAGGACAUGAUGAACGACGAAGAGCUGAAUGCAUUUGAUACUGGUAAAAAGAGCAGAGAAUAUAAAGAUGAAACAUUAGAACAAGAACUUGCCAUAGCUGACCGAAGACAAAAGCGUGAGAUUCGUCACUUAGAGCAGGAGUUGCCAAAGUGGCAGGUUUUGGUCGACAACGUUACAGGGGUCAGCCCGCAGGAUUUCGACAAUCAAACAUUGGCUGUGUUGAGAGGUCGUCUGGUUCGCUACCUGAUGAGGUCGCGUGAGAUCACCAUUGGUCGGGCGACGAAAGAUAACCAAAUCGACGUGGACCUUUCAUUGGAGGGGCCGGCUUGGAAGAUCUCGCGGCGACAGGGUGUGAUCAAACUGAGAAACACAGGCGAAUUCUUUGUUGCCAAUGAAGGAAAGCGACCAAUCUAUAUUGACGGCAAACCAGUGCUUCAGGGAUCCAAACAGAAACUGAAUGAUAAUUCAGUGGUAGAGAUUUCCGGUCUGCGGUUCAUAUUUCUCAUAAACAAGGAUCUGAUCAGUGUUAUUCGGACAGAGGCACCAAAACUCAACAGCUAGCGAGUGACAAUGGGUGAUAUGAAUAAAGACUAGCAAAUGCUUUUAUCUAAAACUCCAUGUACAUUUACACUAGACCUUUCUGUACAAAAUUGAAGUAAAAGCAUUUGCUAGACUUGAUUCAUAUCAGCCAUUAUGGGCCUAGUAGCAGACCUGGCACCGUGCGUGCUUUCAACUCAUCUGUUGAUGAGACAUAAUAGCAUUCCGCGACGUUACUCUUUAUCGAUCACAAGGUCAUUUGAAUAAGAUAUUGAUGACGUUUUAGUCACAUGACAGUCGGACAUCGACACUUAUUUCUACGCAUUUGAGCUAAUAUUUCAAAGUCAGUUAUCGUUGACCCUGCGUUGUUUUUAGCAUGAAUGAUACCAUAGAGUCGGAGAGAAAAAUAUUCAGAACAAUAAUGUAGUAUUCCCAUCACUUGGACAUGUGCCAGAUUGAAUCUAACUGCCCUAGUUAGAAAGCCUAAAUCCGUUACUAAACCUAAUUUUUGUCCGACUGCAUGUAAUUCAGCAAUGGGGAAAUAGAGGGCAGCAGCUGCAGUGACAUCAUUAUCGCGGAAUGCUACAGGUGUGAUAGUGCUAUCGGCUAGUUGUGGAGUAGGCCUGCUGUCGGGACUGACACACCCGGACUCACGAGAGGAAUGAAGUGGAGACUUUGAUUCUUUGAACAAGCCACCUUCUUCCAAUGAACAGUGCUUCGUGUUCCAAUGGUGUGCAGUACCUGGUAACAGGCAUGUUCUUCAAGUAGACUUUGUUCAAUUACAGAAAGAGUCAAUUACAGGAAGGGUCCAUGUUUUACAAGUCUUUGCCAACCACGGAACAGUUUCAUAAGGACUUUGCUGGUUGAACUUUCCACACUGAACUUUGCAUUUAGAAAGGGGAAAUCAGUCUCGGUGUAUGAUUGAAAUGUAUAGUGAAGAAAGCAGAAGGGAAUCUUUAAUAGUUGUGACAAAAAAUGCAUCAGACUAGGUAAUGUUGCUAAUGUUAAGAAUAAAUGUAAGAAUAAAUUCUAAAGCGACUGACAAGAAGUGUCAUGUAUAUCAUCUUAAAGGUUAUUUUGAGCCUGAUCAGCUCAUGUCAAUUAUUCAGUAUCUGUCUUUGGUGUACGUAAAGUACCUAUAAGUACUUUUGUACUGGGGCUGGUCACAUAUUUCCCUCCCAGCAUCUUGGAAAAAUAAAACAUGUAAAUCAUAUCUGGUGGAUGAAAAAAACGCGCCAAACUUCAGGGGUUAAUAACUUCUGAUUCAUUUCUUGAAAUCUAGUGGAAUUCAGUCCAUAUAUAGAUCUGAUAGUUUUGUGCUUAUUCUGAAAAUUUGGUGCAAAAAUGCUAGUUAAUCUUUAUUUGAUAGCCAAUUGAGGGAAACUUGUCCAAAAUGGCCAAUGAGACGAUGCCUGAAGAUGUCCAAGGUUAUACUCUACCUGUCGAUUUAAAGUCUCAUGGAGCACUGAUAUGAUUAUUUUGCGAUCUGAUUACUAUUUUGAUAUCUGAUUACUUUUUCGAGACGGACGAAGAUCAAAGCCUGGAACAAUAUUUUCAUGUUGAAGUAUGGUAGAAAAGGCUUAGGGCAGGAUGGUCAUCAAAUAGUGUAUAAAUUUGCAUACAUGUUUAAUAGAAAUACAUGAUUAUUCAUUAGGAUUGACUCUGUGCCUUUUGAGAGACAGUACUCUAAAUUGUGGGAUUACAUUUGGUCUUGGAAGUAUUGUUGUGAUAUUUGGACAUUGCAUAUUUUGACCCUUCAUCUUAAUUUUGUCAUAUCUAAAAACAUCGAGCCUAUCUUAAUCAAAAUUUUGAAUACUGUGAAAAACAAUCCGGACCUAUUAUUCACCAAAUCUCAUUGCCAUUACCUGGUUAUCUUCAAGUUAUUAACGCUCGAAGUUCGGCACGUUUUUUUUAUCCACCCGAUAUAAUAGAUUUUGUAUGAAUAAAACACUAUGUCAUAAUUUGAUCAAUAAAUCAUGAUUGAAUUGGUACAACUAAUAUGAAA